AUGUCGUCGCGUGUGCACCCCCACUCACCGCUUCCGGCUCCAGCCUUGCAUGCCUCCAAUCCUUCUGCUCAGUCCAAGUCCCAUGUCCUUGCCGGAGUUCAGGACGCGUACUGGAGCGACGAUGAAGCGGAGGAUGCUGAAUGCCCUCUAUGUCUUGAAGAGAUGGACAUAUCCGAUCUCAACUUUAAACCUUGCCCUUGUGGAUACCAGAUCUGUCGUUUUUGUUGGCAUCAUAUCAAAGAGAAUUUGAACGGCCGUUGUCCCGCUUGCAGGAGAGAAUACACAGAUGAAGCUGUUCAGUUUAAGCCCAUCAACAAAGAAGACCACAAGCGUCUAACUCAACAGAAGAAGCAGAGGGAGCGCGAGCGGAAGGAGCUUGACGCUUUGGGCAGACGGAGCCUCGCGAACGUACGCGUCGUACAGCGCAAUGUUGCAUAUGUCGUGGGAAUGGGUCCCAGAUUUGCCAAAGAAGAGCUCAUCCCAACGCUGCGCUCGAGUGAAUACUUCGGCCAAUAUGGUAAGAUCUCAAAGAUCGUGAUCGUCAAGCGUACUCCGCCAGGUGGACGCGCACCUGUAGUGGGAUUGUACAUCACCUACCACAGACGCGAGGAUGCAGCACGAGCUAUUGCAGCGGUCGACGGCGCAGUGUCUCCAGGUGGCGGUCAAGAAAUUAUGAGGGCAAGUUAUGGUACGACGAAGUAUUGUAUGGCGUUCCUACGUGGCGUGCCUUGCACGGAUCACGGUUGUAUGAACCUUCAUGAAUGGGGCGACGAGAAGGAUUGCUUUACGAAGGAGGAUUUGACUACACUCAAACAUACCAUGAAAGAUACGGAAAAUCGCUCCAGGGCUACCACGGUUAUCCGAAAAGGCGAUGAAUCAGAUGUCGGUCUCCCCCGUGCAGCUUCAUGGGCCAAUAAAAGCUCGACUGCCCUACACAAUAAUACCAAUGCGCUCGCUCCGGCUCAGACAACUGUGCGCCAGACGCGGCGCGGCGGGACCAGUACAAGGCAGCAGCGUUCAGGGUCGACUACAGCUAGUGCAUCUGAAUCACGUCCCUCCGGUAGAGAGCGCAAAAGUGCAGCGACGCCAGGCAAAGCCACUUCUCAGACCUCUCUGUCCCGCCCCACUACACCUGCGCACCUGCCUCAUCGGCCAAUUACGCCGAGUGCAGCCAAAUCUUCAAAGCCGAAAACAUCAUCUCCGCCGCCACCGCCCUCACAUUCGCCCACUGCUUCAUCUGUAGCGAUCGAAUCUGACAUUGGCUCAACCGGACAAGUACCAUCUGCGGUUUCCCCUCUUCGUGCGGCAGCGACAGAAAUCCCAGCUGUACCCCCAGGCAUUCCAGUUGUUCCGCCUGGUCUUUCGGCCCCACCUGGAUUACCCCCACCUUCCCGUUCAACAUCCGCAGUAUCAUCGCCGCAAUUAUCCAUGCAACCUUCUCAAUCUUCCUAUCAACUGUCAACUCAAGCGCAAGCACUCAUAGAAGAUCUCAAGGCCCGUCGGGAGAUGCCCCAGUCAUCCAUAGAACGGAGCCCUUUCCCCGACUUUGAUCGUAUGCUGCAGACGCUCAGUGGUGCCGGUGACGGUGGCUUCAGUUUCAAUCUGGAUCCAAAGUUGGCUGGUGAGGAUGCUGAUGAGACAAUUCCAAUUCCAGGGCUUGGUGCGGCACCUGAUACACCGUUCAGCGGUACGUUCUUGGAUGCAUUCCCGAACUUGAGGCAGGAUGCUGCCCCAAGUCCGCUAAUUGGUCCGCCUGGACUAUCAUACCCAUCCCGCCCACUGUUUGACCCACUGGGGGCGAGGUCGCCUGCUCUGGAGCGACAAUCGACUGGAAGCACCGCAUAUACCGGAUCAUUUAAUCCCUUUGCAGCGGAUGGUGGCGAAGAGUCGCAGUCAAAACGCUUUCCGCCCAUGGAUGAAGAACGUCAAGUUUCCCGUUUCGGUUUUGCUCGGGGACGACAGGGUUCAGCCUCGUCUUCUUUACAUCCACCUUCCCCUCUAGUAAAUGGUGACAACGUCCCACAUUUACCCUAUUACAGCUCAUCCGAUGUCGCCUCUCAUGCGUCUCGCUCGCAAGCGCAAUGGGCUUAUCAGAAUCGACAUCAAGCCGCCGAGUUUGCCUUCCACCAAGCCAAUUCUGCCAUGAGCUCUCCCUUGGCCCAGCAUGCUGCCGCACAUCCCGUCUACAACCAGUCUCCACAGCAGUCCAGCCGAUUCCAGCCCUUCGAUACGGGAGUGAGCGAGGCGCAGCUGAGGGAUUUGAUCAGUUCUAGCCGCGAACGUGUGAACCACAUGAGGAAUGGACCGACUGGUAGGAUGCUCCUACUUGCGUAA